ACACACACACCAUAACACCAUUUUCUUCACGGGUAAAGAGUUUUUAAUUUCCCAAAUUGAGUUUCCAGAAAAUGGGUGGAAAAUAUGAAGAAGAAGCUGUUUUUGCAGGUGAAUUCACUGAGGAAAACAAUCAAACAGUUUGUGUUCUUGAUGCAUCCACCUUUGUGGGCUACUGGAUUCUGAAGAAACUGCUGGUUAAUGGCUACAAAGUUCAUGCAGCUGUCCAGAAGAAUGGAGAGAAAGAGAUAAUGAAGAAGAUCAAGGAUUUGGAGAGGACAGAGAAGGAGAGAGUGGUGGUAUAUAGUGUAGAUGUGUUGAAUUACAGAAGCAUUGUUGAUGCCCUUAAAGGCUGUUGUGGUCUUUUUUGUUGCCUUGACAGCCCAGAUGGCUAUGAUGAUGUAGUUGUAGAUUUGGAGGUUAGGGGGAUAAUCAAUGUGAUGGAGGCAUGUGCACAAAGUGAUAGCAUACACAAGAUUGUGUUCAGUUCAUCUCUAACUGCAGCUAUUUGGAGAGAAAACAUUUCCACCCUCAAAGAUGUUGAUGAAACAUCAUGGAGUAGUACAGAUUUCUGUCGAAAAACUAAGCUAUGGUAUGCACUGGCGAAAACGCUGUCUGAGCAGGCGGCCUGGGCGCUGGCAAUGGACAGAAUGCUGGACAUGGUGUCUAUAAACGCGGGCCUGGUUAUUGGCCAUGGCGUUUCGCAGCUGAGCCCUGUCCCGACGCUGUCGUAUCUUCAAGGCGCGGCAGAGAUGUUCGAGAACGGGCUGCUGGCGGUGGUUGAUGUCGAGUUUCUCGCGGAUGUUCAUGUUCGGGCGUUCGCUGAUCAUUCGACUUGUGGCAGGUACUUCUGCUUCAGCAGAAGUGUUACUACUGAGGAAGAAGCUGUGAAACUUGCACAGAGCUUGAGCCCCUUGAUACCCUUACCAGCUAAAAGGUACAAGUGGGAAGCUAAUGAAGUGUAUGGUGAGAGAUUAAGAACCAAGAAGUUGAGCAAGCUGGUUGAGGGCACAGCUGCCACUGCUUGUUAGCAUCCAAAGAAGAAAUGCAGAAAAGAAUCAAUUCCAAUAUUACUGGAAUACAAUGUAUUAUGAUGAUUGGUGGGUUAGUCCAUUUUCCUAUUAGCCCCAUUAUUGCCAUUAAAUAAUUAUCCUUUUGCUUUCGUUGGGUGUGUAUAUGUAAAAGUGAAAUGUAUUUUAUCAGUGCAAAAUUUUUUCAUCCGUGUAUGUAUACAAAAAUGGUGAGCAUUAUAUAAGGUGAUAGUUUUUGUCUAUGGUAAA